CGGUUGAGUGGCAGCCGAGCUGCGCUUGCGCAGGAGGACAUUCCGAACGGGUCGCGCCCCUCCUCCCCGCGCCCCUCGGGAUGAUGGACGACGGCGCGGCGGCCGUGGCGGCGGCGGGUGUCAAAAUGCCCCGGCUGGCUCCGCACUCGCUUUCCAAGGGCGUGCUGGGCUUCGCCGACGACGAGGAGGAUGACGACGACCUGGAGGUGUUCAGUAAGGAUCCUACUUUCAGUGAUGCCAGUUCUAUCAAUAUCUCCAUGCCCACUUCGCCUUCCUCCAUGAUUAAUCAGCACACUUUGGAAGAUGAACCAGACAACAAAGAUCUUUUUGUCACAGUUGAUGGUCCAGAGAUUCAUUCCACUCCGUUUGAUAAUUUUUAUACUUACAGAGUUAUUACGAAGACCACACGCAGUGAAUUUGACUCCAGUGAGCAUGAGGUUCGUAGACGUUACCAAGAUUUCUUUUGGCUAAAAGACCAACUUGAACAAGCACAUUCGACUUUGAUUCUUCCUACAUUGCCAGAGAAAUUUGCAGUAAGGGGGAUGGUGGAACGAUUUAAUGAAGAUUUCAUAGAGAUGCGCCGGAAGGCACUACAUAAAUUUUUAAACAGAAUUGCUGACCAUCCUACACUGUCUUUUAAUGAAGACUUCAAAUUAUUUCUAACUGUUCAGGACCUGGCCUCUCAAAAGAAGAUUAGUUCAGCAUUCAUCAGUAAAAUGGAAGAAACAUUUCGGGCUGUUGCUAGCUCAGUUAAGAGUAUUAAGAAUAGACCUGAUGAAUUCACUGCAAUGUAUGAGUAUGCUGACGUUUUCCAUCAGAAAAUAGGAAGAUUGGAUAGAAUCAACCAAAGAAUUGUAAAGGAAUUGAAAGAAUAUUCAGCUGCGAUGAAAGAAUAUAGUCCAGUUUAUACUCUGUGGUCCGGAUAUGAAAAGGAGCUAGCUGAGCCUCUAACUGGAAUAGCCAGUUCCAUUGACAGCUGUUGCAAGGCUGCUGAAGGUUUUACUGUGGGCAUCUCAGAGAAUUUUCUUCCUGCUGUGCAUGAAUAUAUUUUAUGUGAUGAAACUCUGAAGUCAGUACUGAAGAGGAGGGAUUUAAUUCAGGCAGAUUAUGAUUCUCAAAUUGAUGCUUUGACUAUUAAAAAAGCUGAAAAAGAUAUGCUGGAUGACUCUGACCUAAGCUUUAAGUUUGGUGCCCUUCUGGGUAAAAGCAUGGAGGAAAUGAAGCAACAGAAGCAGCAGAAAAUUGACCAUGAAAUUGAAGAGCUUCAGACAGGUAUUGCCCGUCUUGAGGAUGAAGUAGAAUAUGCCAAUAAAAAUUUGAAAGCUGAUUGGAAGAGGUGGAGUUUGAACAUGCGAAGUGAUAUGAAAUCAGCUCUUUCCAACAUGGCUGAAAAUAAUAUUCAUUAUUUUGAAGAGUGUUUAGCUACAUGGGAGUCUUUUCUUUCCAUGCAACAGACUGAAAUCAAGAUGGAUGAGAAUAAUAAAAACAGCGGAUAGAAGCAAAGCUGGAUUUUGUUUCAUGCACUUAUUACUUUCUCUGAACAAAUGUGCUGUUCGUAUUUUAGAUAUAUGCUGCGGUCCAGUUGGAUCCUUUUAACCUUCCAAUGCAAGAACAUUGCUGUACUCAGUUUGCGAUAUUUAAUUGUUUUGAUGACUUGAACAUUCUGCAGCCCCAAGGAUUGAGCAGAUCAAUGAAAUUAUUAUAUUUAAACCUCAGGUCAUGCUCAGUUAAUGCCUUUGCAAAAUUAGCUCUCCACACCGAUGGAUGAUUUCGUGAUCAAUUGCUGCAAAAUGGAAAAUGUUUUCUGAAUUUAACUGCCUUAAUUCAAUCAUGUCUUAGUAAAAUUGCAAUCACAAUGUAUUUUCCUCCAUCUUUUUUUCUAGUUGGGGAAUUCUGUGGAUGAUUUUAGAUACCCAUAGCUGGUUUUCACAUCAGUACAUUAAUAUGUCAAUAAAUUCUAGCUUAAGGCUUUUUAUUUUAUUCAUGUUUUAUUGCUGGGUCAUAUAUGGAAUGAAUUUGAUCUCUGAUAGCACAAAGCAGGGACUAAGUGGUAGAUGUUUUAAACCUGACCCAUUUUACAUUCCCCACAAUCCCCUACCUGCUGCCUCUGUUACCUUCAGCUCUAUUUUCUAAGAAUGUUAAAGAACAUUUUUUACCUUGUGAUAGUGCUCCCUAGUUUUGGAGCUGUCUUGUUACAGCUCGGUCUUACUCUUGUUGGGACACAGCAAGAUUGAUGUUACAAACAAUUAAAAUAGAGGCAUUCUUAUUUCCAAUAUGGACAUGAGUUUGGGUGUUAUAAUGGUCUUGCCCUCAUGCUGACACACAUGGAAGUUUGUUCUUAUAGUACUUAACAUCAUGAACAUGUUAAAAUCAGAAGUAAUCAUUUUCUUUUGUCUCGAGAUUUCACUAUUGUAAUACAUGAAAGUUUGCCUAUGCUAUUUUAUUAUAAAACAAGAUUUUCCUAGCUUUGCUCAUUAUUUUAAGACCUGUAUGAUUAUUUACCAUAUCGUUAAAAACUAUCUUUUAUUUGUACUCUAACAAAUGUACAAUAAUUUGAAAAUCCACAUGUUAUGCAAAUAAAAAUUUUCUGAAAGCUA